AUGUUAGAUAUAUCUCUUUUUGUCUUUAUUUCUGUGUCUAAUAGUUUUGGAUUAGCUACCCCAUCAUCAUCUAGAUUUCCGGAGCCUGAGAUCACACCUACGUGUAACAGUGGCCCGGCUUCCCCCGAGAGCCCUAAAGAAGUAACCAAUCCUUGGCAGAGAAGCGGUGCUGUGUCUCCUCCAACACCAUCCAUCAAGUUCUCUGAUAUCAUCAGAGCUGAGUCAGAACAAGAGACUAAUCUUGAUAAAGCAAAGAACAAGACACUAGCACAGAUUCAGAUUGAAGAGCGUGCCAUAGAGGAGCUGUACACCCUAUACCGCGGUGAAGCGGGAAACCCUGGUCACUACAUCACCGUGGCAAGAGUUCAAAGUGCUGUAGCUACCCCCCUGUGGAAGAAAAAAUCUGACGACAGAUGAUACAACUCACCGACAAUCACUGCCAGUGCGAUCAUUGAAAUCCUGCUUGUAUUUUCAACCAACAGUAGUGUACUGUACUGUAGGUGUAAAAAGGUGGUAUUUUCUUCAGUUAUUUACAUAAGUAGGGCUGCUCAAUAUAGCAUAUUUGAGUAUUGGAUUAUCGUCAGCUGAAAAAAAAUAAUCAUGGUAUGAUAGUAUAUCAUCACCAAUGAAUAAUUUUCAAACAUUGUCAUGUAAUGUUACAAUAGCACUUUUUGAAGCUGGAGAUGGGGAAUGAAAUUAUCGGUUAGGGAUGACAUUCUUUUUUUAUGACCUUUUUCCAUUAGCACCUGGUGGGUUGGAUCAGCGAAAUGGUAAUAAUGCCCGUUUUUAUAGCUUUGUAAGACUUUCUUGUAUGAAACACAUUAAAAUCUCAAUUUAUUUUUGCACUAUUGUGUAAGACAACUUAAUGUCACAAUAUUUUAUUAUUGUCAUAUCGUUCAGUACUGACCGCCCAGAAACAUUGUUAGCAGUAACAAUAUUUUAACAGAGGUUCGUUACCACCGGUAAUGUGGCAGCGAUGCCUAAUGUUACGAGGCAUUACUUACACAUUGAAAUAAAUGUUUUUUUACUUAACAAUCCAAAAGAUGUGACUGGGCUUACUGUAAGCGCUCUGUUAGGCUAACAACGUUUCUGUGCGGCCGGCACAGACUUAUAUGUAAGUCUUAACAAGAUGUCCUUGCCUCUUGCCUACUGUACUGCAAUAGGUCCAAAGUAUGCUGAAUGUCAUCUAACAUCAUUAAAAUGAUAUAACUGUUGUUGUUUCUGUUGCUAGGCGUACACUAUGAGUGCCCCUUGAUGUUAUAAGCAUUCAACUUAAUUGCACAAAAAAUGUAUGUUAUCAACUCAUUGCCGUACCAUGCUUAAAGUGGACAGUCUCUUACAGGGUCAGUGAUGCAUGUAUAAUAUUUUUAACUCAUGAACAUAUCAUGGUUUGAGUUAUUGUCAACUGAAAACUUUUUCCUUUUAUCUUAGUUAUAAACAUAAGUUAAGUCUAAAUUAAAUCUAUGCUAAAUUUAGUCCUGUUCAUAUUGAUUCUCAUAUAGGUGGAUUCAAGGAUAGCUUGCUUACAUGCAAUAACAAUCGAAACAUUGUUUCAUUUAAUGACCCAUAAAAUCUUGUGUACGCUUUCUUUUGGAAGCCAAUUUAUUUCCAAUAUGAACUUUAUACUAGCCUGUAUUCUGAAGUUUUGUUUAACUUGGGCCAUGGUCUAACUCUGUACAUGAAUUAUGUGAAGCUGAAAAUGUUAACAUUGUGUUUAUAUAGUAUGUUUCAUAUGUUUACUAUGGUUUGUCAUUGUGCUAUCAUUGUAGAGAAAACAGUUUGCUUUUUCCCAGACGGAUGCAAAUGAUUGGAGUCAGGGGCGGAUCCAGGAUUUUCCAAAAGGGGGGCACAGGUUUUUAAACCAAAAAUUAAGGAUAUUUCGUACCCGAAAAAAUUUGACACUUUAAAAAAGAGGUGGUACACUUGUUUUAAUGGCAUUUUUACAUUACAAAUGUUAAUUUUUUCUCAAAAGGGGGGGGGGCAAGGGCCGGCUGUGCCCCCCCCCCUCCCUGGAUCCGCCAGUGAUUGGAGUGUCAAGUAAUCAAACUGUUAAAAAUAAAAGUACUGUUAAGAGUUUUGAUUCAUUUCUCGCUACCCCAAAUAGCGAUUUCGCCGAGAUCCGGAAAAAAAUCCCUGUAACGCGCAUUGCAUUAUGGGAUAGCUUUUCGGUAUUACAACUUCCUGUUCGGAAGUCCAAUGCACUGUUUUGCCAUUCAGAUCAACAGUGCCGUCAUGCACAACAACACAACGUCGCUUUCGCUCGGAAAGUUCGUGAUCACAACCCUCUCUUUCACGAUACAGUUUAACGGCCUUUUCUGCUAAAGUCACUAAUUCUGCCCGACGCAAGGUAUUCCUCUGUCAGUUAAGAUUUUUUUAAGUUCCGAAACUGAUUUUUUAUCAAUUUUUGUGGUCGAUGAAAAAUUGAACGGAAUAAAUGCUGUUUAUAUUUAGCGUCUAGUCGAAUACGAUCGUGAUGUCAGGCCGGUCGCUAAAUGCAAAAUUUUAAGAUAUUCAUUUUUUGUUUAAAUUUUUUAUAACCAAAUAAAAACAUGAAUAAAAAUUAUUUUCACGUGAAAUAUAUUUUUAUUUAUAAUUCAAAUGGAAUAAAAACUGACCAAAUUAAAUAAAAAGUAUUAUAAUCUGUACAUAUUACGCUGAUUGGCAUCGAUUUCAGCGUGUUGGAAAACUCAGUAUCGCGAACCUCGCGUGAGCAUGACUCUGAACCGGAAGUGGUGAUGACGACCCGACAGAGUGAAAAUUAUCUCGUCUCGCGCAUUAUGAGAUUUUUGUUCCUAUUUGGGGUAGCGAGAAUUGGUUAUAGUUAAACCACAUUUUACACUAGAGUUUGACUGAAACCUGAGUCCAGGGCCCCGUCUUACAAAGAGUUGAUACGAUCAAUCGCAUAUAUGGAAAGCCAGCAACGUCAGCAUCUAUAACGCAUGCUUGUUCAAAAUAUUUUCUAACUAUGAUGUAUAUUCAUGCAUUCAUUGUUUUCUUGAAAAUUCACUGUGCUCCUCUUUGCAUACAAAGGACAUUGGGCAAAUUUCCUGUAGAAAAAAUCAUGACACUGAUGGAUUUCCAUAGAGUUACGAUUGAUUUGAUCAGUCAUAACUCUUUGUAAGACGGGACCCAGAACAUUGGCUACAGUGUUUCAGGAGAUGCACACUGUUAUCCAACAGGCCUGUGCUUAAAAAUAAAGUGCAUUUGGAUCAGAGGUAUUGCAUAUGUGUAUGUAUAUGUUACAAACCCAGCUGGGGUUUAAAUAAAGGUUUGUACUUGGGCCAAGGAGCCAUUGGACUUCUGUCUAAAAUUUAUUUUAUGAAGGUUGCCAAUCUUCUACUGUUUACUUUUUAUCUAAAUUUGUGUAUUUCAUUUUUUCUCCUAUAUUUGAUUAUUUUGUAUCAUUGAAUGAUACAUUUAUGUACAGUAUGUUAUCAGGCAUGUAACACAUGCAUUUUGAACAAAUUUAUGGAGAUAUAUAUGUUCAGUGUGAAUUUCUAGUUUUCAAAAUGAUAAAUGAUGUAUUCGGCAUAAGUGUGUAUUGCAUGUUUGCAAUGUAGAAAUCGACAUGAUUACCCAAAUACAUUUUGAAACCUUUGUUACAUAAUGGAUUGUAUGCUGGGUCAUUCUCAAAAAAAUGUUACAAUUCACAAAAAACGUGUCUCGACUAUCUUAUGGCCACUAGCUUCACAACCCUGAACAUUUUCUACAAAAAUAUUAUCAAGAAAAUGACAAUAAUAGACUAGCUCCACAAAGCAUAUGCGACCAGUGACUAGUAAAGCUCUAAUUUUAUUACAAAAGCCUUUUAUUUUUGCUUUUUGUUAGAAUCGACGCUGUCUCGGGUCAGUUUUAGAUUUUACUAUCAUUCUCUUUCCUAAGUAGUCUGUAUUUCUUACCUACAUUAAUGUCUGGUGAGGGCAGCUUGGUGUAAACGUCCGACAUACUGCGCUUAUCCUAGUAUUUGAUGAUCCCUUUGUGAUUAAUUUCACUUUUAACUUUGUCCCAAAUUCAUUUUAACCUCCGUAACGAAUACUGCCACAAGUUUUUUCUCCCAUUCAUACUGAAUGAUAUUAUGUGAUAAUGUGUCUACAAUUAGAGUGAUAUUCAUUAAUAAAUAAUUGAUAGGGAAUUAUCCUAUGUGUUUCCUGUAUUACACGGAAAUAAAGGACUAUUCUUAAAAAAUAAAAAGUAUGACUAAACAGCUUUAACAUCCGUAACGCACCAUAAGAAAAUAUGCACUUUGGCAGUUCUGUUAAGGAUUCAGUAUUAUAUAGAAUAAGAGACACAUUUCAUAAUAAAUACAAUUUUCAAAGGUAUGGCUACUAAAUAAGGACCACGUUGGACCAUCAAGCAUAAAGACAUUAACUUCCGUAACGCAUUAACUUCCGUAACAUUUUUUCUUGAAUAUGCUACAAAUUUGUGCUUUACUGAAUCACUCUGGAUCAUACAGAUAUAAAUCAUAUAAGGUACCGUCCACCUAUUUACCCAUAAAAAUGAUAGCUAUUCAUCCUUGUCAAAUUAUUAUUACACACCUUAUUUUCAACAUCACUUUGAAAAGAGGGAAAAUUGCCAGCAAAAAACAAUUUCCCGAGAAUUAUAUAUGAUAUUUAAUGCUUUUAGAAUUUUAAAUAAUUCAUACUACAAAUUUUGAAUAUUGGCAUCUUCUUUAGAACUUAAGAUUUCUAAUUUCCUUUGCUAUAUAAAGUGCAUUAACCUCCGUAACAAUUACUGUUACGGAAGUUAAAACACUUCUUUGCUGUACUUUGCUAAGAUUGAUAGCACGAUUCUAGUUCCAGAACAGGUGGCAUGGCUUUGUCUAAUGCUGUAGUCGGCAGAAAUGGUGUAGAGAAAGGGAAAAAUGAGAAACAAAUAAGCUUUCAUGGACAAGGAAAGAGACGGAAAAACUGUUUGCAAUGACUCAUGAGGAGGGUUAAUGUAUCACCGAUCAAAAAUGUGAGCGCAAAGCGCGAGCUAAAACUUGUGUAGUCUAACCUGAAAACUUGAAAUUCUAGCAUUUUUUUGUAAAAAUGAUCAGGAUGUUAUCUGAAUAAACUAUUAAUGCG